UCAGUCGCCAUCCUCUCGCUUACGGCUCUGACCGCCGCCCUUCCCACUCCCAACAAGCGCUCGCUCAAGACCCGCCAAGCCGGCGCCGUGCUCGCAGACACCACAUUCGACGCGAUCUCCAUCUCAGGCGGCCAGGCCGGAAAUGCCGAGCAAGAAGCCCUCGAUGUCUUCUCCGCGCUCGACUUGAACAACCCGGAGAACAUCGACCCGGCGGACAUCGAGUUCCUCGGCGCGGUCAACGAUGUAGCGAACGAUGCGGAGACGGAUGCGUUUAAUCCGGCUAUUGAGGCGGCGACGGGCGAUGAGGCUACAGCGUUGGAGAACGGCAAGAUCAAAAAUAAAGUCCUCAAGCUCAUGGCGACAAAGAUCGAGCUCGAGGCCCAGCAAGCGCAAGGCGAGGAUGUGGCUGCGAAGCUCGAGGAGGAGCUCACGAAGCUGAACAACAACAUUGCGCUGGAUACGGAGGCUGCCGGGCAACCCAGCACGGCUGUGGCUUUCGAUGCGACGAUUUCAGGCGGUGGAAAU